AAAGCUCUCUUAACAAUGUAUAUGUCGUUCGACAUACCUGAAAAUGUGAAAAAUCAACUCUAUAUAGGCAAACUGACUGGAGAACAAUUUGAGGACGCCCUGUUUAAUCGGCUUGCCGUGGUUUCGACAGAUAUCCCCGAUUUGAUUACAUGCUGGACCUAUAUAUCCAUCAGCGACUUUCAAAUACACCAUAGAACAUCAGCAAAAGACAUCAAGAAUGCUUUCGUAAAGCCGAUACCUAAACUGCCGGUAUGUCUAAUCAGCAAGAGACCAGAUCGAGAUUUACUUGGUUCUGGUCACGCUGCUAACAUAAAUCCCACGACCAAUGAGUUCGUCGUCACCCGAAAUAGUAGAGUCGAUG